UAAAAUUCGAUUGCAGUUCAAGGACAUAAAAGGAUCAUUUUGAGUUUUUCAAAGCCUUUGCGUUGUUUAUGUUUUGAGACGCUAAAAAGUAGUUUUGUUUUAUUAUUUUGAUGAACUGAAGUUUUCCUAUUACAAAGAAAGAAUACUAACUAGAACUACGCAUUCAGUUUUUUGUUACAACGAAGCUCUUCUCCGUAAAAUAAAAGGUUAGUUUCCGUAAAUGUUGAUUAUUGAGUUAGGUUAAAAGUUUCUGAUUAAUAGUCGGCAUCUUCAAUAAACAGUUUUGUGAAUGUUGUUGUAAAUCCUCUGAUUUUAUUUUAUUAAUAUAGUUAAAAGUGAAAUUGCGGCAAUGAUGAAAAUGGAUUGGCAACUAACGAAAACAUCUUUAGGUGAAAGAUUCAAAGAACUAUAUAAACUUCAAGAAUGGACAGAUUGCUCGUUUUCAGUUGGAGAAACAGAAGCUGAGGUGGAGGUAAUCAAAUGUCACAAACUAAUUCUUGCUGCCAGUUCGCCAGUAUUCGAAGCACUGUUUUAUGGACCUCUUGCCGAAGUUAAUGAUGUUAUUAGAGUGCCUGAUAUGGACCCUUCAACAUUUAAGAUGUUACUAAGGUACGUUUACUGUGAUACAAUUAAAUUCAACAAUGUGAUAGAAGCCGGAUGUCUGUUAUAUGCGACGAAAAAGUAUAUGAUUCCUCACUUAGCUCGUUCCUGUGUAGACUACAUAGUGGAGCACACGCAAGUCAACAAUGUAUGGGAUGUGCUCUACGUGGCCGAAUCUCUCGAUGAAGAGGAAAUAUUGAAGCCUUGCAUCAAGGUGAUGAGCCAAUACUCUCCAGAGGCAUGGUCAUCGCCGUACGAGCACCUGAGUGCGUCAACACUGGCUCGGCUGCUCGAUCAGGACUCGAGCAAGAUGUCUGAAAGCGAGCUUUGGACGUUUGUAGUGAAGUGGGCACGAACUGAGUGCGAGAAGGCCGGCGUCGAGGUGUCCGGUAGCAAUGUGCGCAAGGCACUCGACGACGCUGGAGUCAUGGAGAAGGUUAGGUUCCUGACGUUCUCGUCGGAGGAGGUGGCGGGAGUGGUGAAGGCGUCGGGCGUGUUCAGUGGGGAUGAGAUCAACGAGUUGCAGGCGUGUGUGGAGCGGCGACCGGGCGCGGUGUUGCCAAGGGGAUUGGGCCGGGUCAGGGAGGCCCGGUCGCGUGCCUCGGUCGGCGACGGUCGCUGCUCGCGGGUCAUCCUCACCAAACGCAAGACGUGGACGUAUGGUGGCACCGUCUGCACACGUGUCAUGGCCGUCGACUCGCACGUGCUCGUGUGUGGCUUCGAGGUGUUCACGCGCAUUCCGAGCCUGGCCGACUUCUGUGUGUGGCGCGGCAACACGGAGCGCUACGACGAGCGGCUGUCUGUGCGCAUCACCGACUCAGACGGCAACGAGCUGUGCAACACCGUGCACCAGGCGCGCGCCGAAUUCAACGCCGCGCAGCUAGUGCGCCUUGACCGCGCCGUCUGGUUCUCCCCCAACCGCAACUACACCGUCGCCUUUGAGCUGUCGCCCGGUCAGUAUCCGCUCAGUCAGCUCUCCUCCACCGCCUCCAGCAAGCUGGUUUCCUUUCGCUUCGAAGACUUCACCAACUACCCUGAAGGUUAUCUAGAUUUUAGCUUUGUCAGUGCUGUGAUAUUCUCUCUUUAAUUCAUUUCCUAUACAACGUAGAACAUUUCCAAAUAGUCGGUAUUAUUAGUAUUUAAUCUUACUACUUCAAGAAAAGAUGAGUUUUAAUUUUAUUCUAAGUAGUGAAAUAAUUUUUAAUUUUUUCCCUUAUAAUGUAUUAGGAUAUCAUUCGUAUAUGAAGCUCCAUCCAGACAAAAGAUUACUGACAAGAACUUGUGUGUACAAGUUUAGACCAUUGGCAGUAUUCUACUGCUUGGUUCAGCACGAAUUUUUCUGCUGAUAAUAAAUACUUGAUGAUCCACAUAAUAAUUUUUUCAAACAAAGUUCAGUUAUUCUGGAUAUUGACCCCGAGGUUUACGAAACCAGUUUGGGCUGAUCUUACGAUGAUUUUUAAGAUUGUAGGGGCGACGACAAAGUUCUUGUUUGAUCAAUUUACUCAUCAUGUAAAUGAUAGAAGAUUAUAGACUCGUCUAGACUCGGCUAAAUAGGAUUUUCCACAAUAACAUGAUUUAAUAAACUAUGUUGAUUAUUCCAAGAUCACAAAAAUCUUGCAGUAAUGAAUAUUUCAACUACAUUUGUAUUUUUCUAAUUAGUGUUGACCAUUAGUCAACACUAAUUACACAAUUAUAAUCUAUAUGAAUCUUAAUAUCUUCAGAUGUUGAGGA